GCUAUGCAUGAGGUGCAUUGAUGGAAGAAAAUAGGAACAACCAAAGCAAUAUGAAAAUUGUAUUAUUUUUAUACACUGUGAUACUUGCAAUUAAUUUUUCAGAUUUAGAAUAAUGACAUUAUGUUGUAAAGCUAAAAAUUUAAUAAGUGAAAACACCAAGUAUUUAUAAAUAAUUUUUAUUUUUCAGAUAAAACUCAUCAGUGCUUUGAAACAGACAGCUCUCAAACAAAGGAAUCAUUUGACACAUAAGUAUAUAUAUGUAUAAAGGAAACUUAAAGUUUUCUAAAGGCAAUGGUGAAAGAAAAGAAAAAAACAGAUAAAAAAGGAGACAAGACGGCCCGCUCGCCUUCAUCUAUCAGUGAUUAUCCAGAGGUUUCCAAACAAGAUGGCAGUGCCGUACGGCAAGAAAUGUCCCCAAGUGCUGCCUCACAGUUGGAAAAACAGCCCAGUGAAACAGGACCCAAAAGAGAGUUGAAAAAAGAGGAUGAGCAGAAUGAAGACGCCACUCAAUACGAAGAGCCCAUUCUGACCAGACUCAUAGUGGAAAGCUACGAAGGGGAGAAAGUCCGUGGGCUGUACGAGGGUGAAGGAUUCGCAGUCUUUCAGGGAGGUUGUAUCUACCACGGUAUGUUUUCAGAAGGACUCAUGCAUGGACAAGGGACGUAUAUUUGGGCUGAUGGGUUGAAAUAUGAGGGGGACUUUGUGAAGAACAUCCCCAUGAACCAUGGUGUGUACACAUGGCCAGAUGGCAGCACCUACGAGGGAGAAGUGGUCAACGGCAUGCGGGACGGAUUUGGGAUGUUCAAGUGCAGCACACAGCCUGUGUCCUACAUCGGCCACUGGUGCAAUGGCAAGAGACAUGGGAAGGGUUCCAUUUACUACAAUCAAGAUGGCACCUCUUGGUAUGAGGGAGACUGGGUGUACAACAUCAAAAAGGGCUGGGGGAUAAGAUGUUACAAGUCUGGAAACAUAUAUGAAGGCCAGUGGGAAAACAACAUGCGCCACGGGGAGGGGAGAAUGAGGUGGCUGACCACCAGCGAGGAGUACACUGGGCAAUGGGAGAGGGGGAUCCAGAAUGGCUUUGGAACACACACAUGGUUUCUAAAGAGAGUCCCCAACUCCCAGUAUCCUUUGAGAAAUGAAUACAUAGGAGAGUUUGUAAAUGGAAAUCGGCAUGGACAUGGCAAAUUUUACUAUGCCAGCGGAGCUAUGUAUGAGGGAGAAUGGGUUUCCAAUAAAAAACAUGGCAUGGGCCGGUUAACUUUCAAGAAUGGCCGUGUGUAUGAAGGCCUGUUUUCCAAUGACCACAUAGGACAGCUUCCAAGUCUUGAAACUGACUUAACAACUCACCCGGACUUGUGUUCAGGAGGCACCACCAGGAGAAGCUGUGGCUCUUCCAUCAGUGCUGAAGUUAUCAGGGAGCUUGAUGGCAGUGAAAGUAGUUCUGUGCUAGGAACAAGUAUUGAACUGGACCUCAGUUUGUUGCUGGCUGUAUACCCUGAGAAAGACCGGCCAGAAGAAAAGAAGCAGGUAGAAUUUGCUAUCUUAAGAAAUAUUACAGAACUAAGAAGAAUCUAUAGCUUUUACAGCAGUCUAGGUUGUGAUCACUCUCUGGAUAAUACCUUUCUGAUGACAAAGCUUCACUUCUGGAGAUUUCUGAAAGAUUGCAAAUUUCAUCACCAUAAACUAACUCUUGCUGAUAUGGACAGGUUACUAAGUGCCAAUAAUGACAUACCAGUUGAAGAAAUCCAUUCUCCAUUUACAACAAUACUUUUGAGAACAUUUCUGAAUUAUCUCCUGCAGUUGGCUUACCACAUUCAUCACAAAGAAUACCAAAAUAGAAGCCCAUCGCUCUUUAGGUGUUUCACAAAACUGAUGACUGAGAAUAUUCAUCCAAACGCCUGCCAGGUGAAAGGCAACUUAUUCGGUGAGCAACAGCGGACGCUCUAUUCAAUGAAUUACAUUGAUAAGUGCUGGGAGAUUUACAUAGUUUACUGCAGACCAAAUGCACUUCCUCCUGGAGAACUUACUAUGAAGAUGAGACACUUCCUCUGGAUGUUGAAAGACUUUAAAAUUAUAAAUAAAGAAUUAACAGCAACCAAAUUUGUGGAAGUCAUAGCAGAAGAUAAUCCUUUUGUACACGAUGGAAUUGACAGCAACUUUGAACCUGAGCUGGUUUUCCUUGAAUUCUUUGAAGCUCUCUUAAGCUUUGCACUCAUUGCUGUUACUGACCAAAUGACUAAGUCAUAUAUCAAUCCAAAUGAAGAACUGUCUGGAAACAGAUACGGGAGUACACAGACCCCAGCAAAUCAGAGCACUCAGAACAGGAGUCCAAGUGCAAUGACAAGCCACGAAUCUGAUAUCAUUCAUUUUGCCAGCGCCAAGUCGUCUUCAAGCAAGUUAGGACUCUUGUUUGAUAUUAGCAGACUCAGGAAAUCAGAGGCCAAGAUCAAGAAGUCCAUAAGUGAGGAAAAAAUUUCCAGAAUUAGUUUUAAACCUGCAGGAAAGGGGGUAUCCCUUUUUUCAUCUCAAAAUGAGAAAUUUGAAAAACUCAAGGAUGAACAGAAGGAGAAACUAAACAUGUGGGUCAGUCAUUUGUAUAUCUUUUUUGUGAACACGCUCUUCCAAGCAUACAAACAUGAAGAAACGCUAAAGGAGAAGAUAAAGGAAAAUAGGUUACAUAAUGCUGCAAUGGCGCAACAGAAGAAAAUUGAAAAUGAUGAACUGGAAGCAAGGCUGAGUAUCUUGAGAGAGGAAGAGGCCAAGAGACAAGACUGUGAGGUCGACAUUACUGUGAUAAAGGAACCGGCAGAUGCCCCAUCCUCACUCUUGACACCAAGCCCUCCUAAAGAGGACACAGUGGCCCAGGCCAGCAAGUCCAGCACGAGUAAGAAAAAGAAAAAGUAAAGGCUACUUGAUAACAUAAAUUAGCCAUAAGAACAUGCAAAUGUAAAAGGCACUUCGAACUACAAGCAGUGUAACAAAUUUACUGACCAAUAAAAUUGUGUUUUACUUCUUAAUUUGUUAUUUUUGAAAUACUGGUACCUUGGCCCACUGUGUUUCACGUUUCUUACAUGGAUGAGGAGCCCUGGUGGCACAAUGGUUAAGCGCUUGACUGCUGACCGAAAGGCUGGCGGUUUGAAUCCCCCCAGCGGCUUUGUGGGACGAAGACCUGGUGAUCUACUCCCAUAAAGAUUAAAAAUGAAGAUUAAAAAAAUUACUUGAGCAUGCGGCCAAAAAAAAAAAAAAAAGAUUACAGCUUAGAAAACUCUAUGGGGGCAGUUCCACUCUGUCACGAGGUCACUAUGAGUCAGAAUGAACUCUGCAGCACCCAACAACAUAUGGAUAGAUCACUGAAAUUCCUGCAGUUUGAAAACUGCGUUGAAUGAAAAUACAGGCAUAUACAUAUUAAAAGUGUCUAUUAAAUACAUGUUUUAAGAAAACUAUAAUUCUAGUGAUU